CACGACAUCGCCUGUCAUCGUGUUUAUGUCACUCCGUGUUACUUUAUGGUUGUCCAGUCAACAAGAAACACGUGCAUUGUAUUUCUAAUCUAAUCUGUCCUGGAUUAUUUUCUCGCUAUCCCGAGCUAGAUACCAGCAGCAGGGCUAGUUUUCAGCUAUCGUGGGUUAUAAAGAGAGGAUUUUAGCUUUUUGUCAGCACGGUUUCCACGACCCGUAGGUUAAAUACAGCUGAAAUUUUAGGCUAGCAAUUGCAGAGCUCUGCCCCUGCCACACCAGACAUGCUAAUUAGCUACCUAGCCGUGUGAGGAUUCUGCCGUUGGGCUAACGGUUGUUAGCCGCCGAGCUAACUAGGCAACGUUGCCACAACAAUGGACGACUCUGGUAUCAAGAAGCAGAACUGGGACGUGAAGGAGACGGAGCUAUUUCUUGAAAUCCUCAAGGAGCUGGACAUGAAGAAAUGCUUAGACGGGAGGAAAGUGAGGAAUAACAAACUCUUCAAGGUGGCCCACAGGAGAAUGACAGCGGCCGGCUAUCACAGAUCCGUGGACCAGUUAAAGUUUCGCUGGAAACUUCUUAAAAGUGCGUACUACAAGUGCAAGAGGGAGCCCGACUCCCCGGCCCCGACCAAAAUACAGGGCUGGUGGCGGUAUGAAAAGACAAUGAUUGCUAUCAUGGAGUCGAGACACCCUCUGGUCGGAGCUGGGGUGAACUCUGACAGGAAUGAUGAAGUGACAGAAGACUCGGAUGGAGAAGCAUCAAUGCUGCACUGGCCGCAGCCCUGCCCGGACAAUACCACUCAGAACCUGGAUUUAAUUAUCAAAAUGGACCCUGAGAUGGACUCGCAGCUGAAAAUUGGUUUCAUUGGUGCAGGGAACAUGGCCUUCGGCAUUGCAAAGGGCAUCUUGUCUGGAAAUGUUCUUCCAGUACACAUCAAAGUGAGUGCACCAUCCUCCAGGAACCUGGGACGCUUUCAGGAGCUGGGGAUUCCUGUUACCCACUCCAACAUAGAGGUGGUCUGUGGUUCAGAUGUGGUCUUUGUGGCAGUCAAACCUCACCUGGUUCCACUAGUUCUCAAUGAAAUCUCACAACACAUCACUAACAGACACAUAAUCGUGUCUGUUGCAGCGGGAGUAACUCUGGCGACAUUAGAAGAGCUCCUUCCAGAGAAUUCAGUUGCCAUCCGCCUGAUGCCAAAUCUGCCCUGUAUGGUUCAGGAAGGGGCUCUCCUGUUUGCUCUGGGAUCCCAUGCAAAACAGGAGGACGGAGCUCUGCUUCGCUCCUUGUUGCAUCAUUGUGGUUUGGUGGAGGAGGGACCUGAGGCCUGGAUUGACAUCCAUACUGGACUGAGCGGGAGUGGAGUUGCUUUUGUGUACCUGUUUGCUGAAGCGCUGGCAGAAGGAGCUGUUAAAAUGGGCAUGCCGAGUGCUCUGGCACACAGCAUCGCAUCUCAGACUGUUCUGGGUGCCGGGAGAUUGUUACGCGACUCUGGGAAGCAUCCAGCUCAGCUUCGCUCUGAGGUCUGCACCCCAGGUGGAACAACCAUUUACGGGCUUCACACCCUGGAACAGGGUGGUGUGAGGGCAUCGACCAUGAGCGCUGUGGAAUCUGCCACCGAGAGAGCCAGGGAGCUUGGCCGAAAGUCAGCAGGCGGAAGCCGAAAAUGACUGCUGCUGGUUGCCUUUUAAUAACUGCUCAUUGGACAUAAGUAAAGCCUAACAACAAACAUGGAACACAGAGACAAAACAGGACUUGUCACUUUUUUACUUCUCUUUCUCCCUUACGUUCCCUCUAAACAAGUGCAUUUCAUACUUCUCUUCUUCUUUGCCUCUCUGACCAGAAGGAUUUGUUGUGAGCAAAAAGUGAAUACUGGCUUAAUCUUAACAUUGACAUUGACAAGUAAAUUAUUUUAUCAUGACCCUUUGACCUACAUUUUUUGAGAGAAUGGCUGCUUUUACAUGCACACCACUUUCAAACUCUGAAGACCUAAUGUAAUGUGGAGAGAGAGACUUAAGCCAUUAAUUAAUCUACAUUCUGUACCAUCAAUCAGUCCAGAGAGACGACUUGUGUAAACUUCAAAUGUGAAGUAAUGCCUUACUAGCCACGAUCGGGUUAUUAAUGUGCAUGUAAUGUGUAGUGCUGAAUGGAAGUUAAAUGUGCGGAUGUAUUUAAUUAUAUUGAAAUAUAGUACUUAAUAUUUGGCCAAAUGAAACAUAAAAUAAAAAUUUGGGGAUAACUUAAGAAUGAUCGUGGUUGUGCAGCUGCAUUCCAGUGAUAGUUUCUGUCUCAGGUGUAGCUUCCAUCUAGUUUCUGGUUUUUUGUGUGGCACAAUGUGUAGAAAAAUAUUUACGAGCUACAAUGCCAAGUGUGUAGAACUGACUUUCAUAAAGUGCAACGUGAACAGGA